ACUUCCGGUGCGGCGGCGGCGGCGCCGUGCGUCGUUGCUAGGAGACGUGCGCGGUGACGUCAGGGGCGGGCGCCGCGGUCGAUCAGCUGGUGGCGGAGCUGCGGCGGCGGCAGGGACCCCGGCGGCGCCAUGGGGGAGCUGUUCCGCAGCGAGGAGAUGACCCUGGCGCAGCUCUUCCUGCAGUCCGAGGCCGCGUACUGCUGUGUCAGCGAGCUGGGCGAGCUGGGGAAGGUCCAGUUCCGCGACCUGAACCCGGACGUGAACGUGUUCCAACGUAAAUUCGUUAACGAAGUCAGGAGGUGCGAAGAAAUGGACCGCAAGCUGAGGUUUGUUGAGAAGGAGAUUAAAAAGGCAAAUAUUCCUAUCAUGGACACCGGUGAAAACCCAGAGGUGCCUUUUCCACGUGACAUGAUUGACUUGGAGGCAAACUUUGAGAAAAUUGAAAAUGAGCUUAAAGAAAUCAACACAAACCAGGAAGCUCUGAAGAGAAACUUCUUGGAGCUGACAGAGUUAAAAUUUAUACUGCGUAAAACUCAGCAGUUUUUUGAUGAGGCUGAAUUGCAUCAUCAGCAGAUGGCGGAUCCAGACCUGUUGGAGGAAUCCUCUUCGCUCCUGGAGCCAAGCGAGAUGGGAAGAGGUGCCCCGCUACGGCUUGGGUUUGUGGCUGGUGUGAUCAACCGCGAGCGAAUCCCCAUGUUUGAGCGCAUGCUGUGGCGAGUGUGCCGAGGGAACGUGUUCCUGCGUCAAGCAGAGAUUGAAAACCCCCUGGAGGAUCCUGUAACGGGGGAUUAUGUGCACAAGUCUGUGUUCAUCAUCUUUUUCCAAGGUGACCAGUUAAAGAACAGAGUCAAGAAGAUAUGUGAAGGAUUCCGUGCCUCCCUCUACCCGUGUCCAGAAACACCACAGGAGCGGAAGGAAAUGGCUUCUGGUGUCAAUACCAGAAUUGAUGAUCUUCAGAUGGUGCUGAACCAAACAGAGGAUCAUCGCCAAAGGGUUCUGCAGGCAGCUGCUAAAAAUAUCCGUGUCUGGUUCAUCAAAGUACGCAAGAUGAAGGCCAUCUACCAUACCCUGAACCUGUGCAAUAUUGAUGUGACACAGAAGUGCUUGAUCGCUGAAGUCUGGUGUCCUGUUGCUGACCUCGAUUCUAUCCAGUUUGCUCUCAGGAGGGGCACUGAGCACAGUGGAUCCACUGUCCCAUCCAUUUUAAAUAGGAUGCAAACUAAUCAGACCCCACCAACAUACAACAAAACUAACAAGUUUACCUGUGGCUUUCAAAACAUUGUUGAUGCUUAUGGCAUUGGAACUUAUCGGGAAAUAAAUCCAGCACCGUACACAAUCAUUACCUUCCCAUUUCUGUUUGCUGUGAUGUUUGGAGAUUUUGGCCAUGGAAUCCUGAUGACUCUGAUUGCUGUCUGGAUGGUGUUUAGGGAAAGUCGUAUUCUGUCACAGAAAAGUGACAAUGAGAUGUUCAACACUGUUUUUAGCGGACGAUACAUCAUUCUACUGAUGGGACUAUUCUCCACUUACACGGGCCUCAUCUAUAACGACUGCUUCUCCAAGUCUCUUAAUAUGUUUGGUUCAUCGUGGAGCGUUCGGCCGAUGUUCUCAAAAGGCAAUUGGUCAGAUGCUCUGCUGGAGACUACUCCUCUGCUUCAGCUGAACCCUGCUAUUCCAGGGGUGUUUGGUGGACCAUAUCCCUUUGGCAUUGACCCAAUCUGGAAUAUCGCCACCAAUAAGCUGGCCUUCCUCAAUUCAUUUAAGAUGAAAAUGUCUGUGAUUCUUGGCAUUAUCCACAUGCUCUUUGGUGUCACGUUGAGUCUUCUCAACCACAUAUAUUUUAAGAAGCCACUGAACAUAUACCUUGGAUUUAUUCCAGAAAUUAUUUUCAUGUCCUCACUGUUUGGAUACCUUGUUAUUCUCAUUUUCUACAAAUGGACAGCCUACGAUGCUCACACAUCAAAGGAUGCACCAAGCCUUUUAAUACAUUUUAUCAACAUGUUUCUGUUCUCCUAUGGUGAUACCAGUAACAAGAUGCUUUACAAAGGGCAGCAAGGGCUCCAGUGUUUCCUCGUGGUGGUGGCGUUACUGUGCGUGCCGUGGAUGCUGGUAGCUAAACCUCUGGUCCUUCGCCAUCAGUAUUUAAGGAGAAAGCACUUGGGGACGCACAACUUUGGUGGGAUCCGGGUGGGCAAUGGACCAACUGAGGAGGAUGCUGAGAUCAUUCAACAUGACCAGCUAUCUACCCAUUCUGAGGAGGGGGAAGAGUUCGACUUUGCCGACACGGUGGUGUACCAGGCAAUCCACACCAUUGAGUAUUGCUUGGGGUGCAUCUCAAACACUGCGUCCUACUUGAGGCUCUGGGCUCUCAGCUUAGCCCACGCACAGCUCUCGGAGGUGCUCUGGACCAUGGUGAUCCAUGUUGGCCUCAGUGUGAGGAGCCUGGGUGGAAGCCUCGUCCUUUUCUUCAUAUUUGCUGCUUUUGCUGGCAUGACGGUAGCAAUUCUCCUGGUCAUGGAGGGCCUGUCUGCUUUCCUCCAUGCUCUUCGCUUGCACUGGAUUGAGUUCCAGACCAAGUUCUACACUGGCACUGGGUUCAAGUUCGUCCCCUUCUCGUUCGAUGCCAUCCGCGAAGGAAGUUUGACGACUAGAGAUCCCUCUGCUCCAGCAGUGUUUUAA